CGUCAAAGAAGAAGAAGACAUCACCGGGGAGAGUUAGGAAACGUGGCCUUAAGAGAGAUCUGAGCUCAUCUCAAUGAGAAGCACGCUCAGUUGACACUCUCAGUAUCUAUAUUUAAGGGUCACAGUAAUUAAACGCGCGAAAACAUGGCUGAUGUGGAGCAAAACGCAGCUGUGCCAGACGGAUCCAGUAACGGCUCGGAUGCCGUUAACGGGACCGCUGGCCGGUUCGUGUCCAGUGCCGAGGGCACAGCUCUGGCGUACGGGAGCCUGCUGCUCAUGGCCCUGCUGCCCAUCUUCUUCGGAGCACUCAAGUCCGUGGGCUGCUCCAAGAGCAAGAGUGCUUCAGAUAUGCCUGAGACCAUCACAAGCAGAGAUGCUGCUCGAUUCCCCAUCAUUGCCAGCUGCACUCUCUUUGGCCUAUAUCUCUUUUUCAAGAUUUUCUCGCAGGAAUACAUUAACUUGCUGCUAUCCAUGUAUUUCUUCGUGCUUGGAAUAUUAGCGCUGUCUCACACAAUGAGUCCGUUUAUGUGCAGAGUUUUCCCUGCUAACUGGCCAAAUAAGCAGUACCAGCUGCUGUUCACCCAGGGCUCAGGAGAAAGCAAAGAGGAGAUUGUCAACUAUGAGUUUGACACCAAGGAUCUGAUAUGCCUGGGAAUCAGCAGUGUGGUAGGGGUCUGGUAUGUCCUGAAAAAGCACUGGAUCGCCAAUAACCUGUUUGGUCUGGCUUUUGCCCUGAAUGGAGUUGAGCUGCUACACCUCAAUAACGUCAGCACUGGAUGCAUCCUGCUGGGAGGUCUGUUUGUUUACGAUGUGUUCUGGGUUUUUGGCACCAAUGUUAUGGUGACCGUUGCAAAGUCCUUCGAAGCCCCAAUUAAGUUGGUUUUCCCACAAGAUUUGCUGGAAAAAGGUUUGGGUGCCAGUAACUUUGCCAUGUUGGGACUGGGGGACAUUGUCAUUCCAGGAAUCUUCAUUGCCCUGCUCCUGCGCUUUGAUGUCAGUUUGAAGAAGAACACACGAACUUACUUCUACACCAGUUUCCUGGCUUACAUCUUUGGCCUGGGUCUUACCAUAUUCGUAAUGCACACCUUUAAACAUGCUCAGCCUGCUCUGCUGUACCUGGUCCCUGCUUGUGUUGGAUUUCCGGUGCUGCUGGCCCUAUUUAAAGGAGAACUGACAGAGAUGUUCAGCUAUGAAUCGUCAGAUGAAGUUUUGCCCCACACUCCGCGGCUCACUCAUUUCCCCACUGUGUCGGGCUCUCCAGCUAGUCUGGCUAACUCCAUGCAGAGUUUUGGCCUGUCGACCCCCAGCCGUCGCCGGCACACACCCUCCGACAUGUAACAACUGAAUUCUUUUCCAUUACUAUGCAGGUAUCGCCAUUGAUCAUUCAAUUGAACCUUCCUGAUCUUUUCCUGUCAACAUCCUCACACAAUUCAGGGUCAUUUAAAGUACAGUUUCAUUUUGUUAUGCUCCUAGUUGGCCUCUCUUGUUGUGUCAUGAGAUUAUGCACUAGCUCAUGUGGUUUCUAAACUGUAUAAAAUGACAGCAAUGUAAGACCCAUUUACAUUUUUUUCCAUCCAUUUACCUGUAGUUCUGUCUUCAGUGAGCACUGAGCUUUGUCAUGGUAACUUUCACAAGUUCUUGAUGUCUGUUUGUUUCCUGUCCUGCCUUAUUGAUUUCCUUAUACAUCUUUCAGUGUACUUCUAUCACUGGUGUCCACUACAGCAGACAUUCAUUUAUCAAAAAGGGGCAAAUCACAUCAAACAUAGGGACAGAGCAGCCCGACACCUGUCUCCUAUUUUUAUCCAUAUUUAUUAAUAUUGAUUGCCUCCCAGUCACGCUUGACUUAAUUCUUUUGUCUCCUGCAGAUAUGAAGAGUCUUCACCAGAGGAGGCGUCAUUGAAAGUGGAAAUAACAGAAUCUGAUAAAGACAAAUAAAAAUGCUGAGACUUAA